AAUGAAAACAGGAAGAAUAGGAAGAGUCAUAAAAAACAAGGAAAUACAUAUAAUGAAUCAGAGGGGGGAUUAUCUUAAUCUGAGUAUUCUGUUUAAAGACGGAUGUGCUGUUAGGGGAGGGGAUGAAUCUCGUCAAGAAAGUUAACGUCAUUUUAAAGAAAUAAUCCGCCGGAGUGCUGUGUUUUUAUUUUUUAAAUUAAACCUUAUACCUAUGAUGGAACGAGCGAUGGAGCAACUAAACGUACAGCUGAAUAGGCUGACACGGUCACUCAGACGCGCAAGAACUGUGGAACUGCCCGAAGACAAUGAAACAGCUGUCUACACUUUGAUGCCUAUGGUGAUGGCUGAUCAACACAGGUCCGUUUCAGAAUUACUUUUGAAUUCAAAGUUUGAUGUCAAUUACGCUUUUGGACGUGUGAAGAGAAGCUUGCUACACAUCGCAGCAAACUGUGGUUCAGUUGAAUGUCUUAUUUUGCUGUUGAAAAGAGGAGCCAAUCCAAACUACCAAGACAUUUCAGGGUGCACACCUCUUCACUUGGCAGCUAGAAAUGGACAAAAGAAGUGCAUGGGAAGAUUAUUGGAAUACAAUGCAGAUGUUAACAUUUGCAACAAUGAAGGAUUAACUGCCAUCCACUGGUUGGCCGUUAAUGGACGGACAGAACUCUUACAUGACCUGGUGCAGCACGUCACCAAUGUAGACGUGGAAGAUGCAAUGGGUCAAACAGCUCUACAUGUGGCCUGUCAGAAUGGACACAAGACGACGGUACUAUGUCUUUUGGACAGUGGGGCAGAUAUCAACAGGCCUAACGUCUCGGGAGCAACCCCUCUUUACUUUGCGUGCAGUCAUGGUCAGCGGGACACAGCACAGAUUCUUCUGUCAAGAGGAGCCAAGUACCUGCCUGACAAAAAUGGAACGACUCCCCUAGACCUCUGUGUACAGGGGGGCUAUGGAGAGACGUGUGAGAUUUUAAUACAGCAUCACGGAAGAUUAUUCCAGAGCCUCAUCCAGAUGACACAAAAUGAUGAUUUUAAGGAGAACAUGCUACGUCAAGUUCUUGAGUACGUCUCCCAACAGAAUGAAAGCCACUACCAGAGGAUGUUGACGGGCCUUGCUGAAGUAGCCACUACAAACGGGCACAAACUCCUGAGUUUAUCAAGUAAUUAUGAAGCCCAGAUGAAGAGUCUCUUGCGGAUUGUGAGAAUAUUCUGCCAUGUCUUUCGCCUGGGUCCUACCUCGCCAAACAAUGGGAAUGACAUGGGUUACAAUGGAAAUAAAACACCCAGAAGUCAAGUUUUCAAGGUCAGAAAAGUAUAUGACGUUGUGAAGAAAGACGUCAAUGCCGGUAAAGAGAUGAGUUUCACAAAGCAUGCAAACACUACUCUGACAACUCCAGAACAGGAACCUUUGGAAUUACUCUGGCACUCCUUAGAUGAAUGGAUGGUUUUGAUAGCAACCGAACUGGAGAAAAACCGAAGGGACCCCGAUUCAGGUGCCACCAAUAUCACCUCUAUUUUACUGAAGCAGAGGGAGGCCGAUUCCAAUUCUUCCCCUGCUUUAGGAGAGAACGGGCUCCACUCUGCGGCAGCCAAGAGCGACAACCAGGGUCAACUGAUUCCAGAUACAAUCCUUGAGAAUCAGGAAGCCUAUGCUGACGGUGAAGAUGUCAUUUCCAUGACUGCGAGCAGACUCAGUGCUGUCAUCCAAGCCUUUUACAUGUGCUGCUCCUGUCAGAUGCCUCAGGGAAUGACGUCUCCGCGGUUUAUAGAAUUUGUCUGCAGGCAUGAUGAAGUUCUCAAGUGUUUUGUUACCAGAAACCCCAAAAUAAUAUUCAACCAUUUUCAUUUCCUCCUGGAGUGUCCUGAAUUGAUGUCCAGGUUUAUGCAUAUCAUAAAAGCCCAGCCCUUCAAAGACCGAUGUGACUGGUUCUACGAGCACCUCCAUGCAGGCCAGCCUGAUUCUGACAUGGUCCACAGGCCCGUCAAUGAGAAUGACAUCCUGCUCGUUCACAGAGAAUCCAUUUUCCGGAGCAGCUGUGAAGUUGUGUCUAAAUCAAGUAAUGAGAAAUUGAAGCAAGGGAUUGCAGUGCGUUUCCAUGGUGAAGAGGGAAUGGGUCAAGGAGUUGUGAGAGAAUGGUUUGACAUCCUUUCCAAUGAGAUCAUUAAUCCAGACUAUGCGCUGUUUACUCAGUCAGCUGAUGGCACUACAUUCCAGCCAAACAGCAAUUCCUCUGUCAAUCCAGACCACCUGAACUACUUCCGAUUUGCAGGGCAGAUACUGGGCUUGGCUCUUUAUCACAGACAGCUGGUGAAUAUUUAUUUCACUCGCUCCUUCUACAAGCACAUCCUUGGGAUUCCUGUCAACUACCAGGAUGUGGCCUCUAUUGAUCCGGAAUAUGCUAAAAACCUCCAGUGGAUUUUGGACAAUGAUAUCAGUGACCUGGGUCUGGAGCUCACCUUCUCAGUCGAGACAGAUGUAUUUGGCGCCAUGGAAGAGGUGCCUUUGAAACCUGGUGGAAUCAGUAUACUUGUUACCCAGAACAAUAAGGCCGAGUAUGUCCAGCUUGUAACUGAACUACGGAUGACCCGAGCUAUUCAGCCACAGAUUAAUGCUUUCUUGCAGGGCUUCCACACUUUCAUCCUGCCCUCUCUGGUACAGUUGUUUGAUGAAUAUGAAUUGGAACUACUGCUUUCAGGGAUGCCAGAGAUUGACGUCAGUGACUGGAACAAGAACACAGAGUACACCAGUGGCUAUGACGUGGACGAGCCAGUUAUCAAGUGGUUUUGGGAUGUGGUGGAGAGCUUUACGCAGGAGGAGCGAAUUCUGCUGUUGCAGUUUGUCACUGGCAGUUCCAGGGUACCCCACGGAGGAUUUGCAUUCCUUAUGGGUGGCAGUGGAAUGCAAAAAUUUACAAUAGCUGCAGUGCCAUACACUUCAAACCUGCUCCCCACAUCGAGUACCUGCAUCAACAUGCUAAAACUUCCAGAAUAUCCAAGCAAAGAAGUACUCAAGGAUAGACUUCUGGUGGCACUACAUUGUGGCAGCUAUGGAUAUACUAUGGCAUAGUGACUUCCAAGACCAGAUCAAACAAUAUUUUUGCACAAGACUCGAGCGAUCUAUCUAUCUAUCUAUCUAUCUAUCUAUCUAUAUAAUUAGCUUGUUAAGAUUGAUGUGUGUUGUGAGAGCAGGGCUAACAUUUCAUCUUUAAGAAAAAAUCAUUUCUUUCAAAGCCUUUCCACAUUCAUAUACAGCUAUGGCCAAAAGUUUUCUAGAAUCUUAGGAUAUAAAUAAAAAAAAAACUAGAUGAACAUAAUUUAGGUAUUUUAUUUAACAUCGUGUAAUGAAAAACUACAAAAUGAUAUAUAAUAGUAGUAUAGUAUCUCAUGUUAGAUUUCAAUUUUUGUCAGUUUUUAAGUAUAUAUGGGAAAACUACAAAGCAGUACGUAAUUCAAUAUGUUAACGUAACAUUAUUCGGCAGGUUUCAUUUGACUUUAUGAAGCAAAAUGUGUUAAUUCUACAGGGUGAUGCAAAACUUUUGGCCAUAGCUGUACACAUCUCAAAAGAAAAUCUAAAUUACUUAUUAAUCGGCCGUCAAGAUCUGGGUUUUAAUUUAAUGCAAACCCCAAAAUAGUUUAUAACAACCCUUUAUGGUGAUGCUAUUGUGAAACACUGGUAACUCAAAGGGGUGCAAUUAUUUUCUUGGAAAGGUGGAAAGAGUUAAAUGAAUAUUUCAUAAAAGACUAUGCAUACAGAAGAAAGUGUGUGUGGAUUUUCCUGUCUACUAGUCCAGUGUGCUCCUUGCGGUGCCCUGAAUGCUGCUGUCAGCAUCAAUAUGAAGUCCUUGUCUUUGAUUGUGAUGUGUCAUUGUUGUAAGAGAUGCAAACCCUGUUGACUGCACUGUCUACAUAGUGUCAUAUAUAAGAAAUAUUUCAGGAAAACAAAGGAGUAUAAGCAAUAUUGAAAUGUGACCAUUUUUGGAUUGCUGUGCCAAAAAUACACGUUGUACAUUUUUCUUUUGUGUUGUUUAGAAUUUUUUUUUAUUAUUUUUUUAUGUUUUAUUAUUUUUUUUCAUUCUGGCAGAAAAAAAUAUGCUAGGGUUUGAAAAGUAACAUGGUUGCAGGGGAGCCAAAUCUCAUAUCAUACAUCACAAGACAUAAAGGGCUAAAUUCUGAUCACAACACAAGAGCUAAUACCUUAUAAAGGACUGUAGAACUGUUGUGAUGCAGUGUAUUUAAAAGGGCAAGACUACUGUAGAUUAUAUUGUUAAAUUUUACAUUUGUUUGAUCAGCCAAGCAGAGCAUUUUUUUUUUUUUUGGGGAAUAAAAUUACAUUUUUAAAAAUAUAUUACAAUUUUAAAUAAUUAAUAGAUGUAUUCAUAAGUUAAAGUGAAAAUCUAUAAUAUAUAUAUAUAUAAUAUAUUAUUUAUAUAUAUAUAUUUUUUGUUCUUAGAAUGCACGCAAUGACAACAAACAUGUUUGGUUUAUCCUCGGGAUACAAGGUUAAUAUAAUAAUGCAAAUAUAGUUUCUAGAUUUAAAAAAUAUAUAUAUAUAUAUAUGUAGGAGGUAAAAAAAAUAGCUUUGGUUGUGAGUGUGUUGGAUAUUAUGUAUGCAAGCCUCUUAAAAGCAAAUUUGGAACACAUCAGUUGUGCAGGGUCCAGCUGAGAGUGCUGUUUAUGGUAUUAGCAUUUGCGUUCACCUUGUGGUAAAGAUUUGGCCCAAGUGUCUGUAGGCCGUUAUGUUAGAUUAAUGUAAAAUGUUUGUGUUUUUUUAAUUGUGUAUGUGUAGAAAUAUAUCAGGAUUUGCUGCAAUUUAGAUUCUACCUAUAUUGUUUUAGAUGUAUAUUUGUUCUGCAUUUGUACACAGCUAUCACUGUUUCUUGUAUACCUUUAUAUGGAAUGUCUGUAUAUCAGAUAAAAAAUACAUUAAAUUAUGUAUUUUACCAAAAAA